UGACUUUAUGCAGGUAAAUGCAGUGCAAUAGCCAAAGAAAGCACCGUACACAAGCAAGGCUCUGCAGCUUGGAGCAAGACGUCCAUAACUCCUCCACCCAAGUCCACCUCGACCGUAUUCAAGACCAUUAACUUCCAGUAAAAUGUCGCAGCUCAUUCCAAACUUCACCACACGCAUUCGAGUUUUCAAAGAUCACAUGGAAGUUAUACACGCUGUAGCAGUUUUCCCGGAUAGACGACGUAUGAUCGUGGCCUCGGAUGACACGACACUUUGUCUGUGGGACUUAGAAACAGGCGUGUUGAAGAAGAAGAUGGAGGGGCAUCGUGCCAAAGUGAACCAAUUGGCGGUAUCACGAGAUGGGCAGACGAUAGCAAGUGGCGAUGACGAGGGAGAGAUCAUCCCCUGGAACGGAGAAACCGGGGAACCACUUACCCAACCUAUCAAAGCCCACUCCGAGGAAAUCUCGGCGUUAGACUUUUCUCCUGAUGGUAAAGUGCUAGCCACCGGUUCAACAGACAAAACGAUGAAACUAUGGAGAACGGAAACUUGGCAGAUGGAAGGAGACCUAUUCGAGUGUGAUAGUGAAGUCAACUGCGUUCAGUAUUCGCCAUCUGGUAAACAUCUUGCGAUCGCAACAGAGACCAAUAUCAAAAUCCAUAAUCCUUUACACAACCUCUUCCUUGAGGGACGUCCUCUCACCAGAGUCGAAGUCAAGACAACAGGCAACCAGUCACUCGCCUGGACGCCCGAUGGCACCCGCCUUCUUUCAUCGGGUGGUGAGGACGAUCCCAGCAUACGGGAGUGGGACACAUCUACCUGGAAGCAGGUCGGUGAUCCCUGGACGGGCCACACUGAUUAUAUCGUCGCCAUUGCCAUUCAUCCUGAGGGCACCUACCUGGCUUCUGCAUCUUAUGACAGCCAUGUCCGUCUCUGGCGGCUGUCAGAUCGACGACCCAUCGCCAUCUUUCAGCACUCAACCUGGAUGACAUGCGUCACUUUCUCCAUGGACGGAAAACAUGUCCUCAGUGGAGGUGAUGAUAAGAUGAUCUCAGAAUGGGAAGUACCCGAGUACGCUUGGCCAGAAGAGGCUCAACACCCUGAUUCAAAGAUCCUUGCCAUCAACACAACCGCCCGAAAAGCUUGCAUUACGGGAGAUUUGUCUGCAGCUGAAAAGAUACUCACGCAAGAGAUCGAAACCGAUGCCAAUAAUGACAUAUCCUACGCCGACCGCUCGCUCGUUAUGGCACGCAAAUUUGACUGGGACCGGGCACUUCAUGACGCGAGUAAGUCCCUCAGCAUACGGCCCUCAUUGACAGGGUAUGUUGCCAAAGGUAUCGCUCUCUACGGGAAACAGCAGGUGUUGGACGCGACGACAGCCUUUGACCUCGCGUUUACGUUCGCGUUCACGGAUGGAGAUUCAAAGACUCCUUUUUUCCUUUUCUUGAUCAAGGUGAUAGCACUUUUCAAUGCAAAUAAACAUGAGGAGGCAAUGCUGCUCGUCCAAGACCUGGCUACCCGUCCCAAUCCUGAUCCUCUUGGUUCUCGUGUCGUGGAAGCGUAUCUGCGAGUCCAGCUGGGAACCAUUGCCGUGGACGGUGCGCUUCACAAAGAAGCUGCAAACCACUUCACAGCAGCUGUCAAGGCUGCCGCUUUCUUUUCUACAUUGGACAUUCAUGCUAUGUACGCGGACUUUGUUGUGCUUUUCGGCUGGGACCUCAAGUCCCUGUGGCAAAUUGCAAACCAGCAACGCUACCAUGCACUCAUUCAGUCAGGUAAAGUUGGAGCAGCCCUGGAAUCGUAUCGAUACAUGAUGGACAUGAGCGAUGAGGCCACGAAGGCCAUCUUCCUUGCUUGGAUCAAUACUUUCGAUGAAGAAUGAAGGGCACACACGAAGCUCGAGGCCAUCGUAGCGAGUUGUCCUUAGAACAGAGAUAUUUACCCCAUUCUGAUUUGUACCUCGAUUUUAUACGGAUCUCGCCCUUUGUAUUCAUAUCGUGUGCUAGCUCAUAAUGCAAAG